AUGGAGACUGUGGUGGAGACAGGACGCCUGAGGAAAAACUCCUGGAGCGAGAUCUGUGUGGAGCAUGUCGUCAAGAAGGUUGAGUCGCACUUGUUGGGCUGCUGCGGCAGAAGCUGUGGCUGGAACGGGUGGACAUGCCUUCACUGGCCCUUCAUCCCGCCUGCCGAGCAGGACGCUUGGAAAGCUGAGUGUUGUGUUGAAGCAAACAUAGUGCGAGGCUCAGCGAGGGAGCAAAUGUGCCUGAGUAUCCUGCCGGAUGAGCAAGCGCAGCAGAAGUAUGUGGAGGAG